CGCAUGCGUAGAACUCCGUGCGGACGCUGCGUUGUGGCCGCCGUCAUGGCGCUGGUGUCGGCGGACUCGCGCAUCGCCGAGCUGCUGGCCGAGCUGCAGCGGCUGCUGGGGCACACGCAGGAGGAGCGCUCCCGCAGCGAGCACAACCUGAUCAACAUCCAGAAAACGCACGAGAGGAUGCAGACCGAGAACAAGAUCUCGCCGUACUACCGCACCAAGCUGCGCGGGCUGUACACCACCGCCAAGGCGGACGCUGAGGCUGAGUGCAACAUCCUUCGCAAGGCGCUGGACAAGAUUGCCGAGAUCAAGUCCCUGCUGGAGGAGCGCCGCAUCGCCGCCAAGAUUGCAGGGAUCUACAGCGACGCAGAGCCGCCGCGCAAGACGAUGCGCCGGGGCGUGCUGAUGACACUGCUGCAGCAGUCGGCCAUGACGCUGCCGCUCUGGAUCGGCAAGCCAGGCGACAAGCCGCCCCCGCUGUGCGGUGCCAUGCCGGCAGCCGGGGACUACGUGGCCAAGCCUGGGGACAAAGUGGCGGCACGCGUCAAGGCGGUGGAUGGCGACGAGCAGUGGAUCCUGGCUGAGGUGGUCAGCUACAGCCAUGCUGCCAACAAGUAUGAGGUGGACGACAUCGAUGAGGAGGGCAAAGAGAGGCACACGCUCAGCCGGCGCCGCGUGAUCCCUCUGCCACAGUGGAAGGCAAACCCUGAGACCGACCCUGAAGCGCUGUUCCAGCGUGAGCAGCUGGUGCUGGCGCUGUACCCGCAGACCACCUGCUUCUACCGCGCCCUCAUCCACGCACCGCCGCAGCGGCCACAGGACGACUACUCAGUGUUGUUCGAGGACACGUCGUAUGCUGACGGUUACUCGCCGCCACUGAACGUGGCGCAGCGCUACGUUGUCGCCUGCAAGGAGACCAAGAAGAAGUGACCCUCGCAGUUUGGGGACCUGGAAAUGUUCACUGGAAGAUUGCAACGUCCCUCUAGUUGACCCCAAAACACCACGAAGAGCUCAAAGCGACCGACCCUGUGGGCCCCAAAGUGACCUUAAUGACCUCAGAUCCAUCCGAACGGCCCUCAUCCGUCCCCAGGACCCCAUUCCCUUCCAGGAUCCAAAAGAAUGAUGCUGGGAGCGGUUCCACCUGUUGCUUUAUUGUGAAUAAAUUAAGUUAGAAAGCC